CGCCCGCUACUGCCCGCCGCCGCGCGCCGACCGAGGCGGCGAGGAGCGUCUGCCCUGCGACGGGGCGCGUAGCAACGAGAACUUGCCCAACCCGGAGCUGUUCCCGUUCUUGGCGCGCCGCCUGUUGUCGGGUGCAGACGGCAGUACUGCACGCGACGUCCACCAGAGCGGCGUUGACGCCAUUUCGCUGGCCGAUGACCGCCUCCUCACACCAAAGCUCGCAAAAACGUACAAGCGGAUCAGAGAAGGAGACUUCGAAUAUUUGGCUACGGGGAAGAUGAGGAAGAUCGAGAGCAAACGUUUGUGUUCUCCGGGGUCCGCUGCUGACGUCGCCGGCCGGCCGGCCUGCAUCCGGCGUGUGAUGAUGAUCUCCCGCUCGGCGGCCGAGGAUCACACGUACGCCGUGCACGAGCGAGAGCGCUCCGGCCCGUCGGCCGCCGACAGCGAGGACGAGGCCUUCUCCGACGACUCGAACCUCUCGCACGAGCCCAGCGGGCGGCGCGGCGACCUGACUCCCGAGGAGGUGGAGCGACGCUUCAUCGAGGAGGGCGCCGACCUCCUGCUGAACCUGGCCGGCGUGCCGCGCUCGCGGUCGCCGGCCGAGCGGCGCCGCCGCGGCCGGUAGGCCCGCCGCCGCCGCCGCCGCCGCCGUGCGUCGGCCUGUAGUCCUCCUGUUGUGUGGUGGUGUGCGCGUGCGUGUGGUAGGGCAUCGGUGCGCCAGAGCCGGGCGAUGGCCGGCAGCCCAUCAUGUGCCAAAGCGGGCCGGGCGGAGCCGGCGCCUGCCGGCCCGGCGGCUGCUCGCGUUAGAGCUCGCCGCCGCCGUUAUACACUGGCUGCGCGGCGCGGCGAUGUCAAUCAUGCAUAGUUCUCAGGCGGACGACGGACGCAUAUUUCUGACCGUUUGUCUUGCUUACCAUAAGGAGUCGAGAAACAACGUCGAGUUUACCGUGUUUGUUACGUCGACUUUACGCUUUUACCCUCCGAUAUUCGGUGUGUUCGUACAUGGUGUGGUUAGGCCUAUUCCCCUUGGGCGUUUGGUGUCCCGCGCUCCACCGCUCUCUUCGCUUCCCCCGGGGCCGCAAAACGAAGGUGCCGUUUGGCGUCGGCGCGUUUUCACGUUAGCGUUUUCAUUGGUCUGGUGGCGCUGUGGCAUCGGCAUUGUCUGUUGGAGUCGCGUCGGUAUUGUCUGUUGGAGUCAGCGUGUACAAAGCGGCGCUCCGAGCCGGAGCGAGCGUUGCCCCGGCUGGGGACGGCAUACAGGCCGGCUGGGUCUGGCCCCUGUCGGAGCAGUAGCGAGCGUACAAAGCCAGUCCACCUUCGUGGAGCUGUUGAACGGCGCUGGGCAGACUCGGCCGGGCGACUGUGAAUCAAAUACAGGCGUAGUCUGGUGGUAA